UAUUACAAAAUCUUGAGAAUGCUACACCAUGAAACGACAAAAGUAUCAUCCAACUGACUGGCUAAAUUUAAAAUAUGUUCUUGACAUUCACUUGUGUAACCUUGUGAUUGGUGUUGCUAUAAAAUGUAUUGUUUUCUUCCUAGGAAAUUGCAAAGCAAGCUUGAUUGCAGCUUGAUUAAAACCGACCUUGCCUGAGCCCCUGAGCUCUAAUUUCUGAAAACUACACAAUUCUCGCACUUUAUCAUCGUGAGAAUGUCACUUGUCUGGUCCCUUCUCCUUUCAACUCUGUUUAUUGGGUUUCUGCUCGAAGAGCAUCUCACACUCGGGUCCAGUUUAUUGGUAGGGGAAGUUGACGUUACAAGGUGCAGAGAGAAUGAGAGACAUGCGCUCCUAAUCUUCAGACGACGCCUGGUGGAUGACUCCGGUAUUCUCUCUUCAUGGGGAAAUGGAGAUGACAGGAAAGAUUGCUGCAAAUGGAAAGGGGUUGUUUGCAGCAACCGAACUGGUCAUGUUCUCAUGCUGAAUCUUCAACCUACAGAUGGAUAUCUAGGAGGUACGAUUAGUCCUUCAUUGCUUGACUUGUCCCAUUUGAAUUACCUGGAUCUUAGUUUCAAUAAUUUUAAUGGAAGCAACAUUCCUGAGUUCAUUGGUUCUCUCAGAAACUUGAGAUACCUUGGUCUUUCUCAUGCUGGUUUCAGAGGACCACUUCCUUAUCAGCUUGGAAACCUUUCCAGGCUGCUAUCACUUGACCUCAGUGGAAAUGAUUUGUACAGUAGCAGAAAUCUUGACUGGCUUUCUCAUCUGUCUUCUUUGAAAAACCUUGACCUCAGUUUCAGUAACCUUAGUAAGGCCAAUGAUUGGGUUCAGGUAGUCAACAAACUUCCUUUCCUUGAAAGCUGGAGUUUGCAAUCUUGUAAUCUUCCAAAUAUCAUUUCCCCAUCACUUUCUCUUGUCAAUUCCUCUACAGCUCUCACCAGUCUCGAACCUUUUGGUAACAAUCUCACUUCUCCCGUAAUAUACCCAUGGUUGUUCAAUGUUAGUAGCAACCUUGUUCAUCUUGAUCUCUCAUUGAACCAGUUGAAAGGUUCAAUUCCAGAAGCUUUUGGAAACAUGAAUGCUCUCAAACAACUCAGCCUCUUCAGCAAUCAGCUUGAAGGCGGGAUUCCUAAAUCUUUCUGGGAUAUGUGUAGUUUAGAAUCACUACUUCUCCAUCAUAACAGUCUUAGCGGAGACUUCACUGAAUAUACACAAAACCUAUCUGGAUGCACAGAGCAUUCACUGAAGAUUUUGGUUUUAGAUAAUAAUCAAAUCACAGGGUCAAUACCUGAUCAAAUGGCAAGAUUCUCAUCAUUAACAGACUUAUCACUUGGAAACAACCGUUUAAAUGGGACCAUAAGUGAAGGCAUUGGUCACCUUUCUGAGCUUGAGAUUUUGGACCUUCAUGGGAAUUCUCUCAAAGGUGUGAUCUUGGAAACCCAUUUCUCAAAUCUCUCUAGCUUGCAGACCUUGGACUUAUCUUACAACUCUUUUUCUUUGGAAUUCAGCAACAAUUGGGUUCCUCUUUUCCGACUGAGUUUCAUUCGUCUUGGUUCUUGCAAGUCAGGGCGUCGUUUCCCAAAAUGGAUUCAGUCUCAAAAUAAUUUUGCUGAGCUGGACAUUUCGGCUGCCCAAAUUUCAGAUACCAUUCCCCUCUGGUUCUGGGACCUAUCACCUUCGUUACGUUACUUGAAUCUCUCUUACAACCAGAUCAGUGGUGUUCUUCCAGAUUUGUCAUUAAAGUUUGUUGGUUUCCCAGGGCUAGAUUUAAGGUCUAAUCUUUUAGAGGGUCCAUUGCCACUAUGCCCUUCUAAAUUAACGUCCUUGAAUCUUUCCAAAAAUAGGUUCUCGGGAUCAAUUUCCUCUCUCUGCAGAAUUACAGGUGAGGCUUUGCAAUUUCUGGACCUCUCAGAAAACCUAUUAUCUGGAACGAUACCCAAUUGUUUUCAGCAAUGGCCGAAUCUACAGGUCUUGAACUUGGCUAACAACAACUUUUCAGGCCGACUUCCAAGCUCCAUUGGAUCUCUAGUUUCACUUGUAAUGUUCAAUUUGCAUAACAACAGCUUCUCUGGGGAAUUGCCUUCCUCGUUAAAUAAUUGUACAGAGUUGAAAUUCAUGGAUCUAAGUGGUAACAGAUUAUCUGGAGAAAUACCAGCAUGGAUGGGACAGAGCCUAACGUCAUUGGUUUUUCUAAGCCUCCAGGCCAAUAAAUUCAAUGGAAGCAUCCCCUACCAUCUUUGUCAAUUGGCAAGUAUUCAAAUCCUGGACCUCUCUCGAAACAAACUCUCCGGUACUAUUCCAGAAUGCAUCAAUAGUUUUACUUCCAUGGCUCAUAAGGGAAAUUUAAGUACCACGAUUCAGCAAAAUUAUGUAUAUGGUGAUCCUCAGUUUGGAGAUAUAGGACCCUAUAUUGACAAAGCAUUGCUUGUGUGGAAAGGAAAGGAGUACGAGUACACAAAAAAUCUUGGAUUGUUAAUAGUCAUUGAUCUCUCUAGUAAUAAACUCUCCGGACAGAUUCCAGGAGAAAUAGCAAGUCUUUCAGGUUUGGUCGCAUUGAACUUAUCAUGGAACAUCUUGACAGGUGAGAUCCCUCAAAAGAUUGGUCAGUUGAGAGAGUUAGAAGUCCUAGAUUUGUCUAGAAACCGACUUUCAGGUGAAAUUCCAACUACCAUGGCAGAGUUGACAUUUCUGAGUCACUUGGACCUGUCUCACAAUAAUUUGUCAGGGAAAAUUCCAUUGAGCACUCAAUUACAAAACUUUGAUGCCUCAGCAUUUGCCAAUAAUCUUGCACUAUGUGGACCUCCAGUUUCGUCGAGUUGCCCAGCAGCUGAAACACAACAACUUCUACCAAGAAACAUUAAUCAAGAAGAUGAAGAUGAGUUAGGAAAAUGGUUUUUGGCUGGCAUGGGAGUUGGAUUUGUAGUAAGUUUUGGGGGACUCUGCAGUGCUUUACUGUUAAAGCAUUCGUGGAGACUUGCGUAUUUCCAUUUAUUGGACAACUUGAUGGACUGGCUUAACGUUAGACUUGGAGCGCAAAAGCCAAGAUCAAAGAGGAAAAUACAAAGCUAGCAGCUACCUAAACGCUCUUCCAAUAAUGUCAGCAAGGUGAAAAUGUUUAUGAAAGUCCCUUCUCGUUUGUGUUCUUUUCUGUUUUUUCCUCCUCUUACGAAAACUCUUCUGUUGUCCGGUGUUA